UGUCACCGUUCUUCCAGACCAUCUACACCCUUGGCUGUUUCGUGGGCUCCAUCUUAUCAGCCAUCUCCGCCCACAGGUAUGGGCGGCGGUGGUCGGUGAGGAUAGGGGUGGUGGGUACGGUGGUGAGUGUGGUGCUGCUCAUUACAACACCCUGGCUCUUCUUCCUCUUCACCUGUAGGCUCCUACUGGGGAUCUUCAACUCCGUCAUGGUCUACCCGGUCUUCAUUCUCUGUCUGGAGGUGUGUGUGCCUCGCCUACGGCCAACGCUAGGGAUCAUGUUAGCCCUUCCCUACGCUAUCAUGAUGGUGUUCUUGGGCAGCAUGGCGUACUUCAUCAGGGACUGGCGAACACUCCAGGCUAUGGGCUCUAUUCCCUGUCUCCUCCUCCUCGUAGUCGUCGUGUUUGUGGACGAAUCGCCGAGGUGGCUAGUGGUGCAGGGGCGAGUUGACGAGGCCGUAAAGGUGUUACAACGAGGUGCAGUACUCAAUAAGGUGACCCUACCUGACUCUGUUACCAUCGCUGCCACCAUCACUGCCACCAUUCCCCACAUGUAUAAGAGCCAAGAAGCAAGUCAGGUAAAACACGAGGAAGAAGGAGGCGGCGGGUUAAGGAACUUGGGGGCCACCUUUUCUGAGGAGAACAAUAAAAUCCAGGAGGUGAGCACCGUGGAAGUCAUUCUGGAGGACGGUGUGUGGCCUGAGGACGGUGUGUGGCCUGAGGGACCCAGACGGAGAAGUAGCAUUGUUGUCACGGGGGUAAGAGAGAAGAGCCUGAGAGAGGUGAAGGAGCCGUGGUGGUCAGCACCGAUGGCUCUGAUGACCAACUCCGUCACGAGGAAGCUGAUGGCUGUGCUGUCGACCCUGUGGUUUCUGCAGGGCGUCGUCUACCUGGGUCUUCCCCUGAGCGCCGACUACUUCAGUUCACCGUUUUUGUACAUGGUGCUGCUGGGGUUGAUGGAGAUCCCUGCCUACACCCUGACGGCGCCCGUCACACAUCGUCUUGGUCGUCGCGCUGUCGCUGCCUUUUCUCUCCUAACCUGUGGCUUCCUCCUCCUGACGCAGAUGGUCUUUGACUUGGCGGGCUUAUGCAACGAGUGGGUGGAGCUGACACUGGUGAUGAUCAGUUACUUGUUCAUCUGUACCGCCUACCAGGUCAACUUCCUGUACGCCCCAGAGCUGCUGCCCACCACCCUACGUCCAUGGGGUACUGCCGUGUGUACCUUGGCUGCGUACAUAGGAUUCAGUGUACCCCCCUUCAUCACAGACUAUCUGACAGAGGACCAGCCGGUGGUAUGCCUGAUCUUCGCGAUCUGUGCUAUGGUGGCCGGCUCCUUGGUCUUCCUUCUGCCGGAGACAAACGGGAAGCCCCUCAUGGAGACGAUGGCAGACCUCCAGGCCAAUGGCGCUGAACCCAGGGCCACCGUAAAGAAUGCCGUCAGGAGUGUGAGAGAGGUCAUGAAGACAGAGCCGCGUCAUCUUGAACUGACUAAUAAAAACACUUGACGUUAACUAAACCAGGAGAGGAAUGGGCUAUCACUCCACCUCCAGUUCCCAAUUAGUUUUUGCUACAGAACCGACUAAGAUGAGAGUGUGUCCAAGGCUUGUUUACUUGUUCCUAGUUUGUUUUCAUUGAUAUUCGAGAGAAAAAACGUUAAUAUUGAUGUACAGAUUGUUAAUACGGUAUAGAAAUAACCAAAACGUGACAUUGACUUUAUAGGACGUGGUCUGUGACUUGGUGCUUCGGCAACUUAUGAAAAGAGAACCUAACUAAACUACUGUAAGAGUAACCGACCAAUCACUGAUACAGAACAAUUCUCACAGGUUCGUUCUGGCUAAAAUCAGACUUAUUUUUAGAAUAUUUUUUUGUGAAUUGUAAUAAGCAACAAGGCCAUAGAAAACCUACUUGUUACUGCCGAAGUAAAUUCAAAAUGUCGAUUACACCUUUACUAUAGCACAAAAUAAAUGCUGUGUACAGUACCUGACGUCAAAGACCCACUUGGCCAGUACAGUACACGCUACACGGGCAGUAGUACACACAUACCUGUAACUUAAUCUAACCUAAACGUAAAUUACGUUUAAUUGAAUUUGUCACUAAAACAUUCGAAGGCGGAAAUUAAAAGCUGCACACACACACACACACACCGUUAAUUAUUAUUAUUAUUAUUAUUAUUACACACACACACACACACGAAGAACUAUAAUAACAGAUGUUUGAAGAUAGUCUUAAAUAUAUAAAUUACUAGCGGAAUCGCCGCCCUCCGGGAGGCUCUUUCGCUAGGCCACGGUAGGACGCCACCCUCCGGGAGGCUCC